GGAGGCCGGCGAUCCGUUUGAACCGGGGUUGCAUUCGCGUUUCCACAGCCGACUCGGCUCCAGUCGAUACCCAGUCAAAAUGUUUACAUUCCUGGAGAAAGUUGGCAUUCUCUUUCUUAUUGUUAUUGCUCUCAAAUUGUUAAAACAUCUAUCAGUCUUCCUUUACCACACGCUGGCCCCUUUUCUUAAUUUCACUGCUGAUUUCAAAUCCAUGGGAACAUGGGCAGUUGUCACUGGAGGAACCGACGGCUUGGGGAAAGCUUUCGCUGAACAGCUGGCCAAGAAAGGCAUUCAUAUUGUCUUGAUAAGCCGGACAAAAUCUAAGUUGGAAGCUGUUGCUUCAGAAAUUGAGAGUAAAUACAAUGUAAUGACCAGGAUCAUUGAGGCCGAUUUCACUGAAGGGGAAAACGUGUAUCAACACAUUGAACAGGAACUCUUCGGUUUAGAAAUAGGAGUCUUAGUGAACAAUGUUGGAAUUAGCUAUCCAUAUCCUGAUUACUUUCUUGAAUUAGAGAAAAAAGAGAAGAUAUACAAUGACAUUUUGCAAUGCAACAUCGCCUCUAUGUUAAUCAUGUGCCAGAUUGUAAUGCCAGGGAUGGUAGAAAGGAAAAAAGGAAUUAUAAUCAAUGUCUCUUCCACUGCUGCAAAUAUUCCUAGCCCAUUUCUAUCAGUAUACGCUGCUUCAAAGAUAUUUGUCACCAAAUUUUCCCAAGAUUUGGCAUCUGAAUAUAGAAAAAAAGGCGUUGUGAUACAAUGUCUUACACCAGGGUAUGUUGCAACGAAAAUGAGUAAAAUUAAAAAGCCAACAUGGAUGGCACCUACUCCAACAGUUUACACUCAGAAAGCAUUGAAAACUGUCGGCAUUGAAUCUUGCACAACGGGCUAUUUCCCACAUGCGCUAUUGCUCCAGUGCAUUAAGACAAUGAAAUAUCUUUCACCUGCCUUAGCGGAAUGGCUGAUAAUCAAGACUAUGCUGAACAUAAGGCGCCGCGCUUUAAAAAAAUGCCCUCCUACAAUACUUCCUAAUUAAAUCUAAUGAUCUACUCCUCCAAAAUUAAAGGUUGUCCACUGUUCUGUUAUUCCUUUUAAUUUUCUAAACAAAAAUUAAUAAAUGUUACAACUUUUUUUUUUAACAUGCAAACCGAAAAAUUAUUAUUUUAAGUCCCAACAUUCUUAACAGUUAUAUGAGAUUUACAUAAAGUUUAAAUUUACUUUUACAUUUAAAGCGAUAAAUAAAAGAUGUAUUUAUAUAAG